UUUGUUUUAAACCAUCAAGUUGAAUUGAUACUGGAACCGUAGCUGACUUGGUUCAAAUCCUUGUGCUAGAUGGAGCGCAAGAUAGUGAGAGAAAAUUACAACGAAAUAUUUGUGAAUCAAUCUGAUUUCACAUGUGUAUGAUUCUCAGAACAAUAAUAAAUUACCCAAAUCAAUAACAUUUAUUUAUUUAUACUUUGUUUUCAUAACCAAAAUCAAACUGAAUUGUCGCUUCUCCGGUUUGACCGCCUCUCCAUCAGCUGUCAGGAUUUGUCCUAACCCAUUCCUUUUUCCUGGCAUCUUGGUCAAUAUAGUAUUUGUUGGAUGACUGUGGGUCGAAAAUAUGGCAAUGAGGAGAAUGGAACUUAGGAGACCUGCUUCAGGUAAAUCCAGGUUAAAGGAAUUAUUGCUUCAAAGUGAUAAUCGCAUUUGUGCUGAUUGUGGUGCUCCAGAUCCUAAAUGGGCGUCAGCUAAUAUUGGAGUCUUUAUAUGCUUAAAAUGUUGUGGUGUGCACAGAAGCCUUGGUACACAUGUCUCUAAGGUUCUGUCUGUGACAUUAGAUGAGUGGUCUGAGGAUGAAAUUGAUGCCAUGAUUGAAGUUGGAGGAAAUGCCUCAGCAAAUUCAAUUUAUGAGGCUUUUAUACCAGACGGAGUUGUAAAGCCAGGACCAGAUUCCAGCCAUGAGGCCCGUUCAAAGUUUAUUAGGUCAAAGUAUGAACUUCAAGAAUUUCUGAAACCUAGCUUGCGGAUGUCGUCAGGAAAAACUUCUGCUUCUCUCCAAGCAAGCCAUUCCUGGCAAAUUUUAGAUAGCUUUAGAAGUAAUACAUCACAGACAGAGUCGGCAGGUAUGGUAGAGUUUAUUGGUUUAUUGAAAGUCAAAGUGAUAAAAGGUAAAAAUUUAGCCAUCAGAGAUAUGAUGUCAAGUGAUCCCUAUGUCGUUCUGAGUCUUGGACAGCAGACCACUCAGACAACCGUAAUGAACAGCAACUUGAAUCCAGAAUGGAAUGAGGAGCUUAUGCUUUCGGUUCCUCAGGAUCAUGGACCUGUAAAGUUGAAAGUGUUUGAUCAUGAUACAUUUUCGGCGGAUGACUUAAUGGGAGAAGCUGAGAUUGAUAUCCGGCCUAUGCUAACAGCGGCCAUGGCAUUUGGCGACCCUGAAAAGUUUGGAAAUAUGCAGAUCGGGAAAUGGUUGAAAUCAAAUGACAAUGCACUGAUAGAGGACAGUAUCAUUAACAUUGUUGAUGGGAAGGUGAAGCAGAAUGUAUUACUGAAGCUCCAGAAUGUGGAAUCUGGAGAAAUGGAGCUGGAACUAGAGUGGAUGCCUCUUGAUCAAUAGGCAUCUUUACACCCCAUUUUGAUAAAAAUCUGAAUUGACUUGAAGUUAUUCUUAUGGAAUGGCACCUUAUCUUUACCUUUCCUACUGUGUUUCUAAAAUUAACUUUGUACUAAAAUUUGCUUGUUUGAUGAAGAUUUUGUUGUCUUCCUUUGUUGAUGUUCUAAAGUCUUUGCAAGAGGUUCAGAAACAGAAGAAGAGUUUGUUGUUACAAUUUUGUAUGAAAAUUGGGCAUUUGUUAUGUGUGACAAAUUUACUCGAGUAUUAUUGACCA